AUGCCCGGAUCACCACCGCCAUACCGGCCUAAGGCCGACCUCAUCGCCAGGGGCGUCAAGGGCCCAAGCCCCCUCGGCACCUCGACCUUCAUCGGGCUGCGCGCCCUCGACCCCCUGCUCCAGUACAGCAUCCUCGCGCAUGGGCUGGGCACGGGGUUCCUCGCGCGGCUCGGCAUAUCAACCAUCCCCCUCAGCGCCGCCGUCGUCACGCGGACGGGCUUCAGGAUAAUCGACCGGCUCGGCCUGCCCCUCGAGCGCCUCAUCCUGCUGGGCAUGGCCGUCGGCUCCGCGGCGAAGCAGAUCUUCUGGCUCACCUACAUAUCUCAGGAAGAAUUCCAGCCGAAACCCGCCGCCAUCAUCUCGGCGUUCAACUCCCUGUUCAACACUGCAAACUCCCUCCUGCUCCUGACCACCGCCACCUCCGCCGCGCUCUCGACGAGGCCCCUGACGGUCCACGUGCCCGGCACGCGCGCCACGAGCGUGUCCCUGCCGGUCGCCGUGGGCACGGUGCUGUACGUGCUCGGCAUCCUGCUGGAGACGGGCUCGGAGCUGCAGCGCAAGAGCUUCAAGGACGACCCCGAGCACCGGGGGAAGCUGUGCAGGUCGGGCCUCUGGGGCUGGGCCAGGCACGUCAACUACGCCGGCCACACGCUGUGGAGGGGCGGGUACGCCCUCGCGGCUGGCGGUUGGGUCGCCGGCACCGCGACGGUUGCGUUCCACGUGCACAACUUCAUCGGCAACGGCAUCGUCUCGCUCGACUAUUACAUGAGCCGGCGGUACAAGGACCAGUGGGGCCGGUACAAGGAGGACGUCAAGUGGAAGCUGGUGCCUGGGAUCUACUGA